GAAAGUGUGUACCUCAGGCUUAAUUCUUGUAUCUAAAGCCUGAAAGUUGAAACACACAUGCUUGUUGCCACAGGCCCACAGGGGAGGAUGCGUUGAAAUGAGCAAUGAGCCUCCGCCGAGCAGUUUCCUCCGGUCAACUUCUCAAAGUUUAUGGGUUAAGAUAUCGAUCCUUCGGAACUUUGAAUUUUUCCGGAGAGUCCCUCGACUGUUCCGUAUCACCUUCCCUCAUCCAUGGAAUUCAUGUAUUCCACUGCCCAGAUGAAGUGGGAAUCGUUGCAAAGCUUUCGGAUUGCAUAGCCUCGAAAGGUGGGAACAUUCUUAAUGCUGAUGUCUUCGUGCCGGAAGAUAAGCAUGUUUUUUACUCAAGAAGGGCAUCUUCAAAUUGGGGAGACAUAGUAGAGAAGUUGCCACAAUAUAACAUGUAUACUCACCCUUGUAUUUUUGGGUGGUGUCUCAUUACCUUUGAAUUUGUGUUUAAUCCUGCUAAGUGGCCACGUGUAAAAAUGAAUGAGGACUUCCUAAAGCUUUCAAGAAUGUUCAAUGCAACAACAUCUACUGUUCGAGUGCCUUCUUUGGAUCCAAAUUAUAAGAUUGCCGUUCUUGCAUCAAAGCAGGACCACUGUCUUGUAGAUUUAUUGCAUGGGUGGCAGGAUGGAAGACUUCCUGUUCAGAUAACUUCUGUAAUUAGUAAUCAUGAUAGAAGUCCAAACACCCAUGUGAUUCGAUUUCUUGAAAGGCAUGGAAUUCCAUAUCAUUAUUUGGAGACUACUAAGGAGAAUAAAAGAGAAAGAGAAAUUUUGGAAUUAGUUCAAGACACAGACUUUCUAGUCCUUGCAAGAUAUAUGCAGAUACUAUCAAGAGACUUUUUGAGAGAAUAUGGGAAAGACAUUAUAAACAUACACCAUGGUCUCCUUCCUUCAUUUAAGGGGGGUAGGCCAUCUAGGCAGGCCUUUGAAGCUGGCGUAAAGCUAAUAGGGGCAACAACUCACUUUGUCUCCGAGGGACUUGAUGAUGGGCCCAUCAUUGAACAGAUGGUUGAUAGAGUGUCCCACAGAGACAGUUUGCGGAGUUUCGUACAGAAAUCUGAGGAACUUGAGAAACGAUGCCUUGCUAAAGCAAUAAAGUCAUACUGUGAAUUGCGUGUUUUACCAUACGAAAGAAACAAGACUGUUGUAUUUUGACACGGCCGCUAAGAAGGUGGGGGAAGCAGAGUUUCAUGCCAAUAGAAAAGAUGUAUGCAUUUUUUUUAAGUUCAUGAAAUUUGCGGUCAGUUAAUUCUUACCAAUAGGUAGUGGGAUGUCCAAUUCUGUCCAGUAAAGAUCCGUUAAACUCCCUAGUCCCUCCAAAGUUAAUACUAUCGUAUUUGGUGUUGGGAGUUCGGACUGUUAGCUAAUGUUACUCUUGUUUGUUUAGGGUAUUGCUCCCAUACAGGAAUAGCUGAAUGCCAUCACUUAUGCGUUUUUUGAACUCUCAGAUCCUAAUAUAAGAUACUCCGUACUUUAGGGUGUUCCAUACAUACUGUGGAUCCUAAAAUAUUCAUAAUAUCCAACUCAAUUACUCAAACCCACUUAUUAUAAUUGCG